AGGCGUGUGGGCUGUGGUCUCCUUCUCCCUCCCUUUCCCCUCCCCUCCCCCACCGCCUGUCCGCCUUGGGCGGUUCUUCCUUCCCCGCGGGAUGGAGAGCUACAGCGGCAGGAUGGCGCUGCUGGGGCUGCUGCAGGCGAGCGGCGCUGGCAACACCCACUGCGCUGACUGCGGGGUGCCAGAUCCUGAAUGGGCCUCUUACAAACUUGGAGUAUUUAUCUGUUUGAAUUGCUCUGGGAUUCAUCGCAAUCUUUCUGAAAUCAGCAGGGUCAAAUCCCUCCGCCUUGACUUCUGGGAGCAUGAUCUUGUAGAGUUUAUGAAGAAGCAUGGGAAUCUCUGUGCAAAGGCUAUCUAUGAGGCAGAAGUCCCUCCUUUCUAUUAUGUUCCCCAGUCUAAAGACUGCCUGGUUUUAAGAGAACAAUGGAUCAGAGCUAAGUAUGAGCGGAAAGAAUUUGUUGCCACAAGCAUCAGCCAUGAAGCAUGUACCUCAGGCAGCCGUGAAGGAUUUCUGUGGAAGCGUGGGCGGGAUAGUAAGCAAUUCCUCCCAAGGCAAUUCAUCCUGUCAGCAAGCGAUGGAGUACUGAAAUACUACACCAAAGAGUCAAAAAGUCCAAAAGCUGUGAUCAGCAUUAAGGAUCUGAAUGCAAUGUUCCAGACAGAGAAAAUCCAGAACCCCCAUGGGCUGCAGAUCACAUACAAUGAAGGUGGUCGGACAAGGAACCUUUUUGUCUAUCAUGAGAGUGGAAAGGAAAUUGUUGACUGGUUCAAUGCCAUUCGGGCAGCGCGUUUCCAUUAUCUUAGAACUGCCUUCCCCACUGCCCCUGUGUCUGAGCUUGUACCCAAGAUUACGAGGAGUUAUUUCAAAGAAGGCUACAUGGAGAAAACGGGACCAACGGCUGCCUUUGAAACGGGCCGAGUGAUUAUUGGAAGCAAAGAACAUGGGUAUGAAGUCCGGGCCAGCUUACCCAGAGGAGUCAAAGGGAAGAGGUGGAAAGCUGGAUUCACCAUAGUCACGCCAAAAAGGGAGUUUGUGUUGACAUGCGAGAACGACAGGGAGCAGAAGGAGUGGAUGGAGGCUUUGAAUGAAAUCAUUUCCCAGCCCAUGACUGCCUAAGGUGAGUGGUGAGUUCCAGCAAACAGGCCUUCUUGGUUCACUGUUACAUGGUGACCUUUUCUCCAGGUAGCCGAUACAAAGGUCAUAUCAUUGAACACCGUGGGCACAGAGGCUUCUUUCCUCUAAAGAUGUAGAUACAGAGUUGAAAGGACCCAGGCAGACUGGUGUCCUUGCAGAGCUUGUGGGGGGUCACUGCAACAGGGGCUCAGUUCAAGGCAGCUAUAGCUCAAACUGGAGACUACACCAGCCCUGUUCUUCACUCCUGAACAGAAGUACACACAGCCUCUGCCUCUUGCUGAUCAAGCCCCUGUGCCAAUACAGGGAUGAAUUGGCCCCUGUUGCUUUAUGAAAAUGGAAGGAUGUGAGCUUAAAGUCACGACAAACCAAGGGAUUAACAGAUAUGGAAUUACAGUUAUCCUCAGCAGACCCUCCUUAACCCUCCCAACUGCGUGCUAAAUACUGAGCACAGGAAACAUUCCGUGGAGCCCUCAUCUUGAAUGAGGCUUGUUGCCAUAGCUGAGAGCAGGGGAAUGAAUGCAAGAAGGGUCUGAGCAAAAGGGGGAUGCACAGGUCCAACUUGUCAGGGUUCAGAGGGUUGAAGUAAUGUACAGUACUCUGAAUUUGCAGAGCAAAUCCAGACUAUAGGUCCAAAGUGCAAUUCCUGCCCUGUCCUGGGUCCAGCCUUCUGUCCAGCCCAGCUCUGCUUAACAGGAGACCUGGGGCAGGGAAGUAGGAUAGAGGUAAUGGCUCCCCCUUUCUGGAGCUGGCUCUAACUUACACCCUUAGCCUCAGCAGACCAAUUCAGCUGUCAGGUGAGCUGGGAUAGAGAGUCUUUUGGAUAUGUCCUCUUCCAUAGCCUUUCCCUCUUCGGGCUUUGAGGUGCAGCCCUGGCUCUACUGCCUGAGGCUAUCGCAGGCCAAGUGGUGGGUAUUUAGAUGGUCUGUUCAGCUGGGUUUGUAGCCAAGAGUCUACUUCUUGAUUUCACAUGCAGUCAUUUUUAAAAAGCUCUGGGAAGCAUUAAUUUUCUUUGUCUCAUUCACUUUGCAUCAGAAGCCAAUCUCAGGCAGUGCCGACAGCCAGUUAAGUUGCAUUUGACAUACCAGUUGAGAGGAAAGAUAAACUACGAUAAACCAAGAGAUGUUGGUUUUGCUGUUGUCUUCUCUUGGGUGUAAAAAGGAUUCCAGUUUCAGGACAUAUUCAGUCCUUGGACUGUUUGCUGAGACUGUUUAGCUCACAAGAGCAAUGGUGAUUGUGGGUAUGACCUCCUGCACUCCAAGAACCAGCCUGAGACAACUGACCUUACUUCCUGUGGGGCAUCAGCAGCUGUUACAUUAUAUUAAAGGCUUUCAGCCACUUCUGACAUGGACUGCAUAAAGCCAGUAACGAAGAGAUGAUGGGCUGUGUAUUCUGGGGUCAGGACUCACUGGGUGCCAUUUUCAAGAGUGCCUAGCACUGGCCUCAUUGAACUUUGCUGUCAUUGAAGACGGUGCAGGUUUUACCACUGACUUCAGGAGGAGAAUGAGGCAUGAGCUGAACACCUGGACUUCUUAAGAGGUGCUGAGUAGCUGCAACUCCUCUGGGCUUCACUGGAUUUCUCACCUUCUCUCAGGACAUGAACUCUCUGGCUUUUAUUACAAAACAGUCUCAGGUCCUUUGCUGUUUGUAUUUCUGAUUACAUAAAUCCCAAGCUCUGUAAAAAUAAAAGAUAGUUUUACCUUA